AUGGACACCCUAUUAACUGCGGAUAUUGUUGCUAACUCCCCGCGAUUCCGGCGAAAGUCGUCAACAUUUGUUGAUGCAAUUCAUGAUCUGCCCGAAAAGGCCGAUUUAGCACCGGCUCAGUUGUAUAGUACAGAGUCUGGCCGACUUUUCCACUCGGGCCGGAUUGUCAUUAUUACUGUGGGCUUACCAGCGAGGGGCAAGACGUUGGGCGUUAAGACCAGGAUCUUCCACCUUGGAGACUACAGGCGUGCUACUAUCCCAGUUGGUCAGGAUAUCCCUGAUGAUUACUUCUUUGUUAACGCAUCUGCUUCCUCCGUACUUUUGAGACAAAAAAUUGUAAAACGGUGCCGGGAAGACAUAUAUCAAUUUCUGAACGAUGAAAAUGGCCAGAUAGCAAUAUAUGAUGCUGUGAACCCCUUAGCUUCGGGACGACGAUCGCUUGCGAAGGAGUUCGCUAAGCAUGAUAUUGAGACCCUCUUUAUUGAGUCCUGGUGCGAUGAUGAGCGCAUUAUCGAAGAGAAUGUCCUUCGUGUAAAAAUAUCUUCACCUGACUAUGUAGGCUGGACCUCGGAGGAGGCAGUGAAGCACUAUUUGACCCGUAUAAACGCUCGGAUCCCUCAAUUCCAGACGAUGGAGGAAAAAGAUCUGAAUUAUAUCAAGAUGAUCAAUGCUGGCGAAAGGCUGAUUGUUAACAAUCGAAGUUUUGGUUAUCUUUCCCAUCGGAUCGUUUUUUAUCUUCUCAACCUUCACAUAAAAUCUAGACAUACAUAUUUCGCACGGGCCGGUGUUUCCCUGGAAGCGGACUCUUACAAAGCCGAUGCUUCCUUGUCAGAACAAGGAGAGGACUAUGCUAAGAAAAUGACUGAAUGUCUAUUGAGGCACAGAGAGUCUGAGAAGCAAGCAACAAUCGACCAAGGAGAGACAGACUAUGAGUUGAAACCUUUGACAGUUUGGACUUCCACCAGGCGUAGGACAAUCGAAACUGCAAAGUAUCUUCACGAGACAGGAUACAAAGUCCGACAGAGAUCACAACUGAGCCAGUUGAACCCAGGUGUUUGCGAAAAGAUGUCAGAAAAAAAGAUUCGCGAGGAAUAUCCAGACGAGGUGGCAAAGCAUGAAUUGGACCCUUAUCACCAUAGGUACCCUCGGGCAGAGUCGUAUCACGACCUUGCUGUGCGCCUUGAGCCUAUAAUAUUGGAGCUUGAACGUGAGCAGAAUGACCUCCUCAUUAUUGCACAUGAAAGUGUCCUAAGGGUUCUAUACGGCUAUCUUAUGGCAUGCAAUGCGGCGGAUAUUCCAUUCCUAGAGUUCCCCCGAGACGAGAUAAUUGAGAUCAUCCCGGAGAGCUACCAAAAUGAGGCUCGCAGGAUCCAUAUUCCGGACCUCCCCAAGGAAAUCAUCCCUGGCUCACCCCAAGACAUCAAAAUACCCGUGCCCCCCAGUGGGGUCACAACCCCUUUGGUUGGAGGAUUAAGUAGUCCACAAGAAGGGUUUUCGACGCCACAAAGCGGACUUCGGACCCCUCGGGAGCCUGAGAGAAUAUCCCAGCAGCAUGUUGAGGAUUGUACAGUAUGUACUGGACGUGAAGGCUCAGCUGUGGUGGGAAGGAACAGGGGUUUUCCAGUGUUCAUUUGCGACAACCCUUCCUUUUAUAUCUCUGUCUCCACGCCACGAAAUACGCCGAAAAUAUACUCUAUAGGCAUUACACCCCAAAAGUUCAAGCCCAUGGUAUCCAUCACAAGCGAUUAUAUCAGCGUCGGCGGAAAUAGGCAUCCCGCCGCCGCCGACUGGGAUGUUCAGUCCGGGGUGCUUGCCUUUGGUGCAGACAACAAUGUGGCUUUGUGGGACCCUAAGGAUAAGUUUCAGUGUGGGGUCUACUCUCUUCUUGUCGGUCAUACCGACAAGGUCAAUGCUGUUAAAUUUUGUACAUGUCCCACUACGAGCACAAAAUUCCUUGUCACUGCCUCUGCCGAUCACACAGUCCGGAUAUGGCAAGCUGUAACAGGUACCCGUCUCCAAUUCAAGCAUGCGCAAACUCUAGAAGGUCAUACAAGCUCGAUAAACACAAUCGCUGUCUGUAAUGGAGCGGGUCUCGUUGCAUCGGGGGCGGCAGAUGGAAGUGUUAAAAUUUGGAGGAUAACGUUCCAGGACGAAGGAGCUAAGAGCGAGCUACUCACAACCAUAGUUAUGAAACCACGCUUUUUCCCUCUGGCAUUGGCACUCAAGUCGCUCCAGGCAGAUGGACCCAUGAUAUUGGCAGUCGCAGGUACUACAAAUAUCGUACAUAUUUACAUCCUUGAAGACCUCCUCGGUGAUACUAGUUUCAGGCUUGCUGCUGUGCUAUCUGGUCACGAGGCUUGGGUGCGCUCUCUGUCGUUCACGCGGGAUAAGCAGAGCAAAACAGGAGACAUCCUGCUCGCAUCUGCUAGUCAGGACAAGUAUAUUCGUCUCUGGCGAAUUCAACGCGGGGAGGUUACCCUUGCAGCGCCGGCAGGAGACGAGGAUCCCGUGCUAGGCGAACUCGAACCGACAUUAUCAAACAAAGCUCAUCAAUUUAAUGCAGCGGGGUCGAAGUACUCUGUUACCUUUGAAGCUCUUCUGUUCGGAAAUGAGGACUGGAUUUACACGACUACAUGGAACCCCAACCCCGAACGUCAACAGCUUCUCUCUGCUUCUGCGGAUAAUACGUUGACCAUCUGGGAACAAGAUACCGUCUCGGGAGUUUGGGUUUCGGCUGAAAGAAUGGGGGAAAUUAGUGUUCAAAAAGGGUCUACUACAGCUACAGGUAGCACUGGUGGGUUCUGGAUUGGCCUCUGGUCACCGGACGGUAACCAAGUAGUAAGCCUUGGGCGAACAGGCAGCUGGAGGGCAUGGAGCUAUGAUGCAGAUGCGGACGUCUGGGUGCAGACACUGGGCAUAUCGGGACAUGUGCGCUCGGUUAAUGGUGUACGGUGGGAACCGUCUGGGGGCUAUUUAUUGUCUACCAGUGCAGACCAGACGACUCGGCUUCAUGCACAGUGGCUACGAGAUGGAAAACAGUCGUGGCAUGAGUUCUCAAGGCCACAGAUUCACGGUUAUGAUCUGAACUGUGUCGAUACAUUGGGACCUGCGCGCUUCGUUUCCGGCGCAGAUGAGAAGCUUUUGCGGGUGUUCAACGAGCCCAAACCGAUUGCUAAGUUACUAGAGAAACUUUCUGCAUUCAAGCAAUUAGCAGAGGGAGAACUGCCAGAUACGGCUCAGAUCCCAGUUUUGGGUCUCUCAAACCAAUCGAUGGGAGAAGCUCCAAUGGGCGAGGGAGAAGGGGAGGAGGGAAAUGCCACCAAUAUUGGCCAAGCCCAGGCAAAUCAGACAAUACUCUCGGAUUCGAAUCAGCCACCCUUAGAAGAUCAGCUAGCGCGUUACACAUUAUGGCCAGAGCACGAAAAACUCUACGGUCAUGGCUAUGAAAUUUCGGCUGUGGCCGUCAGCCAUGACUGCACGCUCAUUGCUACGGCCUGUAAGGCGAGCUCAAUAGAUCAUGCAGUGGUUCGUCUCUAUGAUACAUCGGACUGGCAUGAAAUACGGCCUUCCCUUGCAGCCCAUUCUUUGACUAUUACAAGUCUUUCAUUUUCUCGCGAUGACCAGUACCUUCUGAGUGUUGGGCGAGACCGGCAGUGGGCAGUUUACAGCCGCAGUGAACAAGACCGAUCUGCGUUCUCACUCAUAGAAUCUCACCCUAAGGGCCAUUCAAGAAUGAUCUUGGACGCCGCUUGGGCCCCUGUACCGGAUAUCCACACCUUCGCCACAGCUGGUCGCGAUAAGUUAGUGAAAAUCUGGCAAAUUAGCAAAGGGUCCUUUGUAUGCAAAACAACAGUCACACUGAAGAGCUCCGUUACUGCAAUAUCGUUCUUCCCGAAGGUGCAGGCGAAUUCACUCUUCCUCGCGACAGGCGAGGAUAGCGGCGAAUUGUCGUUAUACAGAAUCGCAGUUGACAGCCUGGAGGCAACCCAUCUGGGCAAUAUCGACAGGCUGAUAUCCCCAUCCAAGGCGAUCACACAGCUCGCAUGGCGACCUUCCGCGAAAUAUGAUACCAGCCAAGACGAAUAUAGUCUCAAGCUUGCCGUUGCAAGUGAAGAUACCUCAACGCGUAUAUAUUCUAUUUCCAGCAUGGUUUCAUGA